AUGGCAAACGCUGGAAAGGACACAAAUGGCAGUCAAUUUUUCAUAACUGUGAAGAAAACCUCUUGGUUGGAUGGUCGGCACGUUGUGUUUGGAAAGGUGCUGUCAGGAAUGGACGUGGUGCGAGCGAUUGAGACCGUACCAAAGGCUUCGGGCGAUCGACCAAAAGACGACGUAAUCAUUGUGGCUGCGGGUCACGAAGUGGUUAGCACACCCUUUCCUGUCGAGAAGGGGGAUGCUGUUUAG